CUGGAGGUAAACACGGAAAAGGGCGGUAGCAGAGAAUCUGCUGAGCAGGCCGGCGGUUAGCCUAAAAGAUGGAGAUUUAAUCCGGUUCAAAUGUUUCUCCUGAGUGGUUUUAUUGUUAUUUCAGGUUCAGGAUCUUUGUUACAAACUAACACAGCCGGCGGUGGAGUCAGGGAUGUCGGUUAUCAUACAGACUCGUGGUGAAGUAGGCGGGGGUGUCGCGGCUCACCUCCAGUGCCCCCACUGUGGCCAUUUCUCCAAGAGCCACGCCCAUCAGCUCUCCCACAUUGCGGCAUCCCACCCCUCCUGCCUUGACGGUGUGGUGAUGGGACGCCUCGGGAACAUCCUGAUGUACCAGAGUGGCGCCCGGCUCUUCCACUGCUCCUACUGCUUCUACACCAGCAGAGACUUCACCAAGCUCUACAAGCACAUCAUCACCAAACACUGCAUGGAUGAAAGGGACAAGGGAGGCGACAACGGGAGCGAGAAGGGUGACGAGGAGGACGAAGAAAUGAAAGAUGCCACCAAAAGAAAGCAAACUAUUAAGACUGAGGAAGAAGAAGAAGAAGGGAAAGGUGACGCCAAAAGAAAGAAGAGCAAUGAGGAGGAAGGAGAAGGAGGGAAAGAUGAAUCUAAAAUAAAGAGCAUCAAGACUGAGGAAGAGGAGGAAGGAUGCAGGGACGUCCUGAAAAGAAAGAGGAGCAGUGAGGGUGAAGAAGAGGAGGAAGGAGAGGGGGUGGAGUCGGUUAAAUGCGAGUAUGAUGACAAAAGCGUGCUACUGUUUGAUGGCGCCAGGUACCGCUGCCUAAUCUGUGGUUGGAAGAACAAGCUGAAAGCUGUGGGUGUCAGCCACGUGGUGCGCAAGCACAACAUUCCCAAAGCGUACGCCAACCAGGCCAUCAGACGUGACCUUGCCACAGCCAACCAGAUGCAGAGUGGCGGGGGGGUGGAAGAGGAGGAGGCAGCGGUGGCCGGGCUGAGCGGUGAGCUGCUGAAGGAGGAGAUGGAGGCCACGGCCAAAGUGGUGCGCUUCAUCUCCAACCGCUUUGUGUGCCUGAUGUGCGGCUGGAAGACCAAACUCAAAGGUUUCGCCAUCAGUCACGUGGUGCGUUGCCACGACGUCGAGCGGCCGUACAGCUGCAAGGACUGCAAGCGCAGCUUCUUCUUGCCGAGCCGGCUGCAGCGGCACAUCAGCUCCGCCCACCGGCCCGGCCGCUACGCCUGCCCCUUCUGCUGCUUCAGGUCGCACUUCCUGGGAGGCUUCGGGAGACACUGCAGCCGCUGCAACGCCCGCGAGGAGGAGGGGGAUGGCGGUGAUGGAGGGGCAGUGGAGGAGGAGGACAACGAGGAGGAGGAGGAGGAGGGAGAGGACAGGAAGGAGACAAGAGGGGAGAAGAAACGCAGAAGUCUGGGGAUGGUGGCGGCGGAGGAAGACGACGAUCAGGACGAAGAUGACGAGGACUGAAAAGGAGGAGGAGCUACAGAAGCACGCGAUACUCCGCUGAACAUUUUUAACCUGCAGAGAACAAAUAUCUGUUUCACCGAGUCUGAAUAAACUUCUUUUUUUUU